CUUUCCUGCAGCACCUCCCAGCGCCGGCGAAGUCCUUCCACCCACCACCUCGCAGCGCCGCCGAAGCCUUCCUCCCAGCGCUGCCGAACUUUUUCUCCCAGGACCUCCUCGCCGACAGCACCACCCUCGCGGUCGUCGACACUACACCACCCAACACCAUCCAGUAGCCAGCAGUGCACCACACCCGGCGCCACCCACAGCACCGUUUCUGGCCACCCGCAGCAUCGAGCCACCCAGCAGUCCAGCCUAGCACCACCCAGCAGCGUUUCUAGCCACCCACAACACAGCACGGCAAGUCAUGUAUUCUCCUCAUAGCAAUUGCAGGCAUAGAGAGGUUUGCAUAUAAAGGGGUGGCAUCAAAUUUGGUUACAUACCUAACUGAUGUAGUGAAGCUAAGGAACUCAUCUGCUGCAAAAAUGGUUAAUAGUUGGUGUGGCUUCACUUCCAUAAUGCCCUUGUUGGUGGCACCCAUUGCUGAUGCUUAUUAGCACAAAUAUUCCACAAUUAUGGCCUCUUCUUUCCUCUAUCUUAUGUUUAAUUAAACGAUUGGAUCGUGUGCUCGCGAGGCGCGUCUCGCCUGUCUCCUCCGUCUGUGCUGUGUGCUCAGCCGUUCGCGUCUUGCCGCGCCUCCGGCGGUGAGUGCUCGAGCUGUGCUUCCUGCAGCCGUGCAGUGUGUCGUCGUCGUCGUCCGCCAUCACAGUACCCAACGCCUAGUGUGCUCCACUGCUCGCGUCUUGCCUCUCUUCCUGCAGCUGUGCUUCCUGGUGAGUGCUCGCGUCUCGCCGCCCUGCGGCUCCGUCCCUCCCUCGCCUCCUUCCGUGGUUGUUGCUGUCUGAACUGCUGCUCGUCGUCCACCUUCUGCCUUUGCAACAACAGUCCGUCCAACUCCUGCGCCAUCACCAUUCUCCAUUUCUCCUCCUGUAUCACUACUCCGUGUUGUUGCCACCAGUGUCUUUGCCACUUGCGUCUCUUCUUGCCUCUUCGCCGGCAGCCCUCGCCUCUCUGGCCACUUCUUCCCCCAUCCCUAGCAAAACCUUAUUGAGAAGCGAAGAGAAAGAGAAAGAGAACCGUAAGUAACAUGCCGAAUUGCAAUGAUAAACAACAGAAGAUGUGGCCUUCUCAAAUUUGUUUCUCUUCGUAAUGCUUCUCGCUCUUUCUCAAAUGCAAAACCUGAUUCCCAUUUGGCAGCAACAUUAACCGCUAAGAAGAGUGUUUUUGGGUUCCACACUAACAUUGAUGAUGCUGUUGCCUUUUUCAUUCGCCUCAUCAAUGAGCACCGCACUCCAUCUCAACUCGAACUUGGUAAGAUUUUGAUGUCUGUUGUUAACAUGAAAGAAUACCCCACUGCUAUUUUUCUUUUUGCACAAAUGGAGUUUAAGGGUAUUGCUCCUUCCAUGAUUAGUCUGAGCAUGUUGAUUAAUUGUUUUUGCCGUUUGGGUCAAAUGAACUCUGCUUUCUCUGCAUUGGCCAAGAUUAUCAAGAUGGGUCAUGAAUUGAAUGUUAUAACACUGACCACACUCAUCAAAGGGUUCUGUAUAAAUGGCAAGGUUAGGGAAGCCCUAGGGUUUCAUGACAAGCUAAUAUCUCUAGGUUUUCAGCUUGAUGAGGUUAGUUAUGGGACCUUACUUAGUGGUCUAUGUAAAAUGGGGCAAGCAAGAGUCGCCAUGGAGCUUUUGCAAAAGCUAGAGAGUUAUACAGUUAAGCCUAACAUAGUAAUGUACAGAACAAUUAUUGAUGGAUUGCGUAAAGAUGGUCUUGUAAAUGAGGCACAAAAUUUGUUCUCAGAGAUGAUUUCUCGAGGAAUUUAUCCUGAUGUUGUCUCAUACAAUUCUCUGAUGCAUGGUUUGUGUUGCACCGGUCGUUUAAAAGAAGCAACUCAAUUGUUGAAUGAUAUGGUUGUUAAAGACAUUAACCCAGAUGUAUGUACCUAUAACAUUAUAGUCAAUGCAUUAUGUAAAGAAAGAAGAAUAAUAGAAGCCAAACAAGUGUUUGAUAUGUUGAUGGACAGACGAAUCAAGCCUGAUGUAGUCACAUACAAUGCAUUAAUAUAUGGAUACAUUUUAACUGGCAAAGUGGAUGAAGCAGCAAGUUUAUUUGGUGAUAUGAAGAAAAUUGGUCUGGCUCCUUGUGUCUGGAGUUAUAGUAUUAUGAUAAAUGGAUAUUGUAAACACAAAAGAUUGGAUGAAGCUGUAACACUCUUUAAGGAGAUGCUCCAGAGAAAUUUGGUUCCAAGUACUGUAACAUAUAAUUCUCUUAUUGAUGGCUUUUGCAAAUCAGGGAGAAUACCUGAUGUGCAAAAUCUUCUUGAGGAUAUGUAUGCUAGAGGCCAGCCCCCAAAUAUUAUUACUUACAAUAUCUUAUUAGACGGUUUGUGUGAAGGUAGUCAUCUUGAUGCUGCGAUUGAAUUAUUUCAGAAAAUUUUUGGCAAGGGGGGUUGGUCCUUAUGCCAUACACCAUACUGAUCGAUGGAUUCUAUAAUCACGGGAGACAUAAAACUGCUAAAGAGGUUUUCAACCUUCUCCAUAAUAAAGGUUGGCGAGAUGUCAAAGCAAUUGAUGCUAUGAUCAAUGGGCUGUGUAAGGACUAAGGAGGGCUUGUUCGACAAAGCAACAAGCUUGCUAUCAAAUGGAUGACAAUGGUUGUGCUCUAGAUGAUGUAACUGCUUUCGCAAUUGUUCAUGCUCUUGAGAAAAAUGAAAAAGAAAAAGCAGAGAAGCUUCUUUGGAAAAUAAUCUUUAUAGGCCUGUUGAAGCGAUAAAAUAAGUAUAAAUAUGUAGAAAUCAAACCAACAAUAUAAAAACUUAGAAUGGAACUUGAAGAUUAACAAAGCAUGACCUACCAGCUAGGUAGGAUUUGGGGAAGCAGCAAGUAUGUUUUUCUUUGCUUUGAAGUAUGUGAAUCUCCUUUGAUCACCACUGUCUCAAAUGCUCUUUAUUCAUCGAACAUCAUGCCUCAAAAUGCAAAAUCAUGGUUGGUUGAAUUUGAUUAUGGAAUCCAUUCUAGAAUUCGUCCACCAUCCUUUUGUGUGUUAGUACUUUAAGAGGGGAGUGGACAUUUUCGCACUGUAAUUGAUAAUGCCACUCUUCUAUUGUAUGUAAUUUCCAACAUAUCUUUAAACUCCACUAAUUCUAGAAAUAUUAACUUUAUACAUCUUAUUAGAUGAGAUUCGACAUCGAAGCUUCUUGCUAUAGGAUUGUGAAAACCUUAUAUUCAUUAUGUAGUGUAUAGGCUAGAAAGUUCUAGUUGCUAUAGGAGGUUAUGUCGUUGACUUGAAGUUCCUAUAAAUAAAAUACUACUAGGAGCUUUGAAUUGUGUGUACGAGGUGAAUUGUGAAGUGUGAAGGGGAGAGUGAUAAUCAAAGAGUAGCAGUGAGUGAGUGAGUGAGCAAGUCAAGUGCAGGUGUGAGAUGUAUAGAGAGCAAGAACAAUUAAGGUCUAGUGUAUGCAUCAUUAGUAAGGCCCGAGUGUAAAUUGUGUCUCAUUAAAUUGUACUCUUGUGUUUAUAAAUUUUUAAAAAAAGUCAUAACUUUUGUGUCUCA